CUUCAUGGAAAGUAAGUGUCGAUUUGACCACUAGAUGGCUCUGUGACAAUUCGGUCAAAUAAUGGUGGUUCGUCUCUUGUGACAUGGCUGAGAAUAAAGUCGAUGGUAUGGAGGAUACGGACAAGAAAGAAGAUGGUGUUAAUGAUGUAUCACCAGAACUCUCUAUUAAACACCCGUUGCAAAACACAUGGACUCUGUGGUAUUUAGAUAACGACAAACAGAAGAGCUGGGAGGAAAAUCAGAAAGAAGUAACAAGCUUUCAGACAGCGGAGGACUUCUGGAGUUUAUACAAUCAUAUUAAAGCAGCAAGUGAACUACGACAAGGCUGCGAUUACUCGUUAUUCAAGAAGGGUAUUCGACCAAUGUGGGAAGAUGAAGUGAAUAAAAGGGGUGGGCGUUGGUUGAUUAACUUGGAGAAGAAACAGAGAGCUAGUGAUCUAGAUAACUUCUGGCUGGAAAUAUUACUGUGUCUGAUUGGUGAAGCAUUUGAUGAAUACAGCAGUCAGGUCUGUGGAGCUGUUGUCAAUAUAAGGGCAAAAGGAGACAAGAUUGGCCUUUGGACAUCUGAUGCUUCAAACGAACAAAGUAUUAUGAAAAUAGGGCAUAAACUCAAAGAGAGGCUGAAGAUUGGUCGAAAUAUUACAAUAAGCUACCAGAGUCACAAAGAUACAAUGGCAAAAUCUGGAUCAGCAACAAAGAUCACAUAUUCUGUAUAACAUCUUCUCAUAUUUAGUUUUUUCAAAAAUGUGAGAAUACACAAGACUGUGACAGCUGAAAAUAGAACAUGUGCAGCCUGAGGUUUUUUUUUUGUUUAUUCUAGCUAAUAUUUGAUUUUGUGGUGAGUUUAUAAGAGAACAUUGUUUAAUUUUAUUUAUUUAAAAUAACAAAAUUUGUGUGUUCUGGUGGCUCACGAAGAUUCGAUCAAUGCUGAAGAAACUGUUUUGGAAUUUUGUCAUUUCCUAAAUUUCGAAUUAGAAUUGAGAUACAUUUGAUUUUUCAACCCAGUUGUAAAGGAUUUUUCAUUUUUCUAUGGAAAAAUUGUACAUAGUUACAAAGCUGAAAUUUAUACAUGAAAUUUGUAAUUAUCAACAAAACAAGAUAUGUGAAAUGUAAAAGUGAUUUUAAUACAUAUAUUUCUAAUCGUGCCACGUAGAGUGUCAUGUGUUAAUUAAAAUAAACUUUGUUUCUUUGAAGUUUAAAUGAAAUAUAAAGGUUUGUGGACGAGAUUAUUUGUAGUUAAGAAAUAUCCUUUGUUAUAAAGAAAUCUCUGUGAACAGUGUGCUUGAUUUUAACAUGUUUAUAAAUAUAAUAAAUUCACUUUACAUUUUU